AUGAAGACGACAUCUCCCUCCGUGGAAUGCCUCCUGCCUUUCCAGCUGCCUCGAUCCGACAACGGAGACAUUGAUAGUGACCCUGCUGAAAGUGACUAUGAAAACAGUUACCAGAGUUCCUCCAGAUCUCGCAAAUGUGACAAGAUGCUUGAGCUGUACCGUCAGGCUGUACCGCUCGUCCAGCCUCAAUCAACUGCUGCGAUCAGAACUUUGGGAACAAUUGUACGCGAUCGCGAACUCGUGAAGCGCAUGCUGCAGCGCCCGCAGCCAUACGUCAAGCAGCUUGAUCGACGUUCGAGUCCCGCGUCAAGAUCUGUACCAGUAUCAAAUUCACCACCGUCCGCCUUGCCGUUAUCACCUAGUGCAUCACAAAACACCGGUAAUCGUCACUUGGCAUUCAUGGCUGCGUGUGAGAAACUCUUCGUAACUUUCGAUCCUCAAGUGCGGCAUACUCGACGUAUCAAACUUGUGCAGGUUCAGCCAUUGUUACGUUUUCAUGGGUUGGAGGUAGAUAAUGCCGCUUUUCGUCGAUGGGAACAACGCCUGCCACCUUCAAAUGCAUCGGACCCAACAUCAACGUCAGGACCCACAGUCUCGGUCAGCGAGUUCAUUCAAGGAUGUCAGCUUUGGUUCAAUGAGACGUUCCUUAUCGAGCACGUACAAAACCUCUCGACGUGGCAGAAACAGCAAAGUGUAAUGAAAGCAGGAAAGGGGAAGUGUCAAAAGCUAUUACCACUGGAAUACGACCACCAGCAGUCUCCAACGCAGGUCACUCAGCCGCCAUUUGACCAGCUCGCACACGAAAGUGACGCAACGAAAACUUUCUCAUACGAGGCAUACGCUCGCAACCCACCGCCGCGAAUACCAUCACUCAAUCCUUCUGCUUCUGCUCCAGCAUUGCUUCAUGCAAAGUACUGUUCUUACAACAAACCCGAUCCCGUUACGUUGACAGCGAUAAGUGAACUAAAAAACACCAAACAGCAGCAACGUCGACAGAAGAAAGAGGCCGAGGAAAUGGCUCGAAGGGCAAGACGACAAAGCACAGAGAUUGCACGCGCGUUCACUGCAAGUGUAGCCAUGAUCUCUCGCCACGUACACAACGAGGAAGUACGCGAUCACCGAGAGAGCGAGCUUGACAUGCAAAUUGCUCGUACCGACCAGACUCGUUACUGGAGUCGACUGCACAGAGCUCACUGUCAGGCAGUUGGACAGGAAACACGCACUCAACGAGCCCGUGAGGUUUGUGCCAUGAAGGCGCUCGCCGCAGAAGAAUUACUCUUGUCCCGUGACUUCCGGUCGCUCCGUGAGGAAGUGGUGCGUCGUAACAAGCCAAUGUUCACGCUGUCGUCUUCCACGAGCACAAUUAUCCCUGCGCCACCCGAGAUUCUGGCUGCGCGCGCCACAGCCAGCACUGAGGCAGAUCACAAACGACUUGCUCGUGUGGAACGCGAACAUGCUGAGCAUAUGCGCAGUUUGCAGCUGUUAGACUACGCGUACGAUCGAAAACGGAUGAUGGCCGACUCACUGCAGCCUCGUGCAAACUCUGCGUUGGUUGAAGUGGACGUAGCCGACGAAGAACUCCCAGCCGAGCGAGUAGUGCAGCUAGCAGGCGAUGAACUCUGGCGCCAAAUUGUCCAGCGACAACUACAGGGAGAUCCAGAGAGCAUCGCGUUGUUAAUUCCGCCCAGCAACUCACCGCCUGCAGCUUUGCGAUAUUUCGGCACCAGUCGACCGGUAUCGAUGCCGGCGUUCGCUUCAACUGUUGAUCGUAACCUUCAAAAAGCGCAGACAUCAUAA